AUGUUCUUCAACGCGCUGGAUCUUACCACUGCCCUCCGCCCGUCACUGUUACCAGAUGAGACUCUUCUCUUUGUGCAGGAUCAGGUAGGGUUGUAUGAAGGGAAAUACAAGAUCCCAAAUUACCAGUCUGGCCAUGCCUAUCUCACGUCGCAUCGGAUAUGCUAUGUCGACGACGACCAGCCUCGAAAAUACUCCGUUGCGCUGGAGUUGAAAUAUGUGGAUCGCGUUGAAUAUCAGGCAGGUUUCUUGAAAUCGUCACCUAAAAUAACGAUAUACCCAAAACAAUCAAAACGGGGCCUUGGUCAAAACCGUAACUCCCCUGGAGAUUCGGUUACUCCACAAGGAACGAAGUCUGGCUCACCAGGAAUCCCAUCUUCUCCGCUUGCCCGGAGUGGCAGUCCGUUUCACUCACAAAAUGCCUCUGCUGCGAGGAUCUCUAGUGCAACAUGGGUUUGCCCUAUAUGCACAUACUCAAACUCUCUGCCUUCGAACUUUGAUCCUGCAACCGCGAAUGCCUCGAUGGCGCUGCCACCAUGCCUGGCUUGCGGUAUAAAACCUCCCUUUACCACAAUUUUGAAAGCGGCAAUUUCAUCUGCAUCUGCGUCUGUACCUAGCCAUGGAGCGUCCAGCACUUCCUCUUCGACAUUUGCUUCGUCAUUAGGAAGCCAACAUAAUUUGAGUAGACCUGGAAGGAACGGAGAUUCGCUAUUCCCCUUCAACCCUUCCCACAUUCCUACUUCUUCGUCAGCCGAUUCAGGGAUUGCUUGCCCAAGAUGUACCUUUGCAAACCACCCUUCCUUAUUAGAAUGUGAAAUAUGUGGUGCACCCCUGAAAAAAUUAGAUCACACUGCCAGUGUCCAAACCCCAGAUCGCUCGGGUUCACCAGCCCCAUUUUUCGGAACCACCAACCUAGAUAACACCGAAGUAUACGAUAGCGUCAAAUUAUCCUUCCGCCGAGGUGGUGAGAAGAUGUUUCACGAAAGACUCAGAAGUGCCUUGGUCCAACGAAAAUGGAUUCUCCAUGAUGCCCCACCUGUCCCGAGGGGUACCCCUUCCCCCGCAUCUUCCAUGCCAGGCAGCGAUCCCAACACCCCCAGCCAACGUUCCUCACGUCCUGCGGUUGGGAUUGCGGGGCUCGAGCGUCGUGGCCUCGAGGUCCGACAGAACAAUCAAGUUGUGCUUGGCAGUGCCUUCGAGGACCUUGAAGCGCUAAUGGCAUCAGCGAAGGAAAUUGUCGCGCUGGCUGAAAGUUUCGCUGCGGAAUCUGACCUUGGGUCAAACAGCGGCGGUUCAUCUGAAGCAAACACCGUCCUCUCGCAAUCCGCCGCUGCCCUUGGCAUGACUACUACGAAAGACAUGCUAGGCCCCGGCGGCGGUUCAGAAUCCUUAUAUCUGUCUGAGCUCUCUCGCAACCUCGCAGAGUACCUAACAGAUGAUCGCAAAGGCAUCCUCCGCCGCGAAGGCGGUAUCAUGAGUCUAAUCGACCUGUGGGCCGUAUUCAACCGUAGCCGCAACGGAGUCGAACUCGUAAGUCCGUCCGAUUUCCAGAAGGCUGCUGAGUUGUGGGAGAAACUUAGGCUCCCUGUGCGUCUGCGUCGCUUCAAGAGCGGGCUGCUUGUCGUCCAGCGUUUUGAUUGGACGGAUGAAAAGACGAUUAAGCAGUUGAAGGCGUGGUUUGAGGAACUACGGGCUACAGCCGUGGCUGAGGAGGUUGUUCCUUGGGAUUGGGGCGUGUAUGGUAAAGGAGUCACGGCGCAGGAGGCCGCAGAGCGGUUUGGGUGGAGUGUUGGUGUCGCUGCGGAGGAGCUGGAGAUGGCUGAGGAUAAGGGAUUUCUCUGUAGGGAGGAAGGUAUUGAAGGAUUGCGGUUUUGGUGUAAUCAUAUUGUUGAUACGGAUAGUUUUGAGGGGAUGGGCAUUGUUGGUGGACUUGGGUCAUCCUUUUCUCAGCUGUCUAUGAAUUCAAAUUUUCAGACUAAGUUACCUUACAAAUAUAACAUGGCUUCAUCAGCUCUUUUCUCGAGUCGUCGUGCUCUCCGGCAUCCAAUAUCGUCUGUAUCCCCACGCUCCUAUCCGCAGCUACUGGCUCCGGCCAUUUCCUUAACAUCCGAAACCUUCCGCUCUCCAGCCUAUCUCCACUCACGCCAGCAGAGAUCGCUAUUUUGGUGGUCUCACCAUCACGACCCAGAAUGGUUAUCACAAGGGAAAUCCAGGUUGCGGAGGCUGAUGGAGAAAGAAAGGGAAAUGCAGUCGUUCUACAACAAAUACAUCAGACAUGUUGGGCGGCGACGACCAUACAUAUAUCAGAGCUGGAGAAGCACCAAGUCCCAUGACCCCAAGCAAGCUAGCCGUUUUCACAGACGGUGUGAUGUAUACGACGAUCUCGGGCAAGGUAUGAAGAAAGGGAAUGAGUGGGGGAAACCUUGGGUGGCGAAUGAGGGUGGAGCUAAGAACGGAUUCGAGGACCUUGGAGAGAAAAACGGUUUCGACUCUUGGGAGAGCAAAGAGAGCGAAUUUGGAGAGUCUAUGCGACGAGAGUCUGAGCAGCGUUUUAAGGAAUUUCAAAAAGCUAUCAAUCACGAUCCUUAUGGAUUCAUAUUUGGGAGGCGGUUGCAGCCGUUUCCAUUUGGUUUGAAAGAGGGAUUUUGGUCAUCGUUUUAUAAGUCAUUGUUUGCCGGUGAGAGGCCUACAAGCCACAGUCAACGUCCAAGCUCCUCAGAGGACACUCGAGAGGCUCCGACAAAUGGAGGAACAGAACCAGCUCCUACGACGUCGCCUGAGAUGAAGGUCAACGAGGAUCACUCGCGAUCGUCCAACCUUAUGACAGAAGCUGCAUUUGAAUUUGAUCCCAUCAGUGGCAGGAUGGUUCCUACAAGGACCAAAACGACUGACAGCGAGACUGAUGAUUCUUCUCCAAUAAUCCUUUCAAACCCGCGAGAUGGCGAGGCGGAAGUAGAACCUUGCCACGAGCAAUCCUAUUCCAAACUGACACCAAGCAUAAACACAGAAGAGUUAGUCCCCAUUGAACCUGAGCUGCGCGCCUCCGGGGAGGCAAUCCCUCCCAAUGGUACAAGCGAUCAAGCUCAUUCCAAACCAUCCCAAAACAUCAAUUUCGAGGAGCCCGGCUCCGUCAAAGCCAAGCAGUCUGAAUCCAGUGAAAUAAGUGCUACCGAAAAUGCUACAACUGAGACACGUCAAACCGAUGUAGGCGAAAAGUUUGACACAGAAGGGUCAGUUGUUGAGCCCUGUCGACCCGACGCGGGACAAGCAGCCCUCGGUGACGAUGCAAAGGAUGCCCUCAAACCAGAUGCGAGAGCCCUGAGCGGGGCAGAGAAGCCAGCUGAUACGAAUGUAGCUACAUCCAACAACACAGCUACGCUUGACGAAAGGAAUCAAGCAUCGAAGCCCAGUUCUGCCAGACUUGGUGAGGAGGGUAAAGCGUCCCUAGCCACUGACUGGGAAUCAUACCAGCGCUUCAUCCCUAGAUGGAAGAGGUCUGUUGAAAAUACUGGGCGCCUUCCAAAGGAAUUGGAGGGGAUGUCUCAUUCAGAAUUUUUACGGCAUAUCGAGGCUCUUGAGGCCCCAAGCGCAUCACCGGUCUGUGAGAUUUACCAAAAAGCGUACGAUGUCAGUGAGGGCAGCGGAACGAAAGAAGACGUGAAUCAACUGCGUGCGAGUGACAUCCGCGCCUCUUAUGUAACUCGGGCGGAGCGCCAAAAUGAUGCCGAAAACGCUUAUGAGGCCCUUCAAGGCGCUGAUUGUGGCCUGGAUGUUGACGAGUUGCGCUGGAAACUUCGCCCGGACAAUAAUAGGGGUACUCGCAAUGAUGAAACAGUGCAAGAUUCUGUUCCCAGUGCAAGGCUAGCAGCAGACCCAAUACUGCAAGCAGUCAACUCGCUAGUUUACGACGAUAGUACUAGAGGGACAGAGCGCGGCCAAGUCACUGAUAUGCGUAACAUAGGCAGCGUUGGUGAUACAUCUACCGCUGUUGGCGGCUCUAGACAAGAUGAGAUCCACCCUGUCUUUGGGAUAAAAACUACCGACGCGAACCGUCACAGUGAAAUUGCUAGUGUUGCAAGAGAGCUUCGAGAAAUCAAAGAGGCUACAAAUUCGAUGAAGGCACUUUUGACAGAGUAUCAUCGUCCAUUGGAGGCAAUGGUUGACACUAGUUCCCAGAACAAUAAUGCCGCCACCUCAUCGGAGAUGGUGAAUGCGAUAGAAGAGUACGAGAAGCAGAUAGCCAACAUUGGUGAGACUCUGAGUGAUGUCAAAAACAUCAACAUCUCCAUCGCCUGUCUCUUAACAGAACUUGGUGAAAUAAAAUCAAUUAGGGAGGAAGGUGUGAAAAAGGCACGUCUAGGCCAGAAUGUCUCGCGAUCUUCACGCUCCAACCAAUCUCAAUACAGAGUCCUAGCGUACGACUCCCUAACAAUGGAAGUGAAGGACGUAGGCAUUUCAUCUGGCCAUACAGGCUCAGGGGAGAUAGCGCAACAGCUUCACCCCACAGAAGCGCUUUCGCGCCUGAAUAACCCUUCGCGGUUCCUUGACCAUUUCCCGCGUCUAGAAGCACAGGGAUAUGAAAUUGUUUCCGGUGGCGGCGAUAUUCUCAUUUUCAAGAGGGUGGGAGGGUGGAAGUUUGAGGGUGGGGGUGAAGAUGUGCCUGGUAAUUUUAAGACAGCGAUUCCGGAUGCCACCGAAUUGAAGAAAGGCGAUAGUGGUGCUAAUGCUACGUAUGCUGACGGGGAUGCUAUGCUGCACUCUCCAGCGUGGGCAGCACAACUUGAAAAGGAAGCUAUCGAUCAAUUUGAGUCUGGGAUGGUAGCGGCCCCGGUUAGCAUAUCUACCACCCCGGUUGGUAAAGAAGCGUCCACACGACGCGUUUCUGAUGAAGCAAAUCAACCGAGAUAUGAUUCUGAAGACACAAAGCAACAGCAACAACAGCAGCAGCAGCAGCAGCAGCAGCAACAGCAACAUUCUUCCGCUCAACCCCCUCCACCAAAAAUUGAAAAGCGCCGUCCAUUCCUGCGCAAAGCCAUGCGCCGUGUUUUGCUGACAGGUGGCGUAGCUGCGGGCACUUGCUAUGCUCUCGGGGUAGUUGCUGAGUAUUUCCGCACAGGCGGGCAGGAUGGUCUGGGUCCGCAGGGGUUCACGGGCCUGGAGGGUCGGUAAGGGCAGGGCUGCAUGCCC